GUUAUGGUUGUAACUGUCAAGGGUCAACCUGAUCUCACCUGUAGCUGUGCCUCUCUGCGAAGUUGUAUGUCAAAAAACCUGAAUCUACUCAAUCUACUGAACGGCAAUCAAUUAACUCUGAAUGAGACAGUUUAUAGUUACCUGCCCUUCAGUAGUAACAAUUCGGUGGAUACCAGAAAUGAUUUGAUCUUAUACCUGUCCACUUUCACUGGAUUCAAUACCUCACUGAACGCUUACCUGGACGUCAUCAAGCCAGUGGUGCAACCCACCCCAAAUAUGACCUCCUACCAAUCUAGCCUGAGAGUCCUUAUAAGUGAGAUUGCAACAGACUUUCAAGUGACCUCCAAAGGUGACAUCAUCGUUGGAGAUGGCAGCUUGAAGACCGUGGUUGAAAUCUACGGGGAGAACUAUCUUGUGGCUGACCGCCUGAAGACCUUCCUUAGGAACCGCUAUCUCGCCUGUCCCUGUUCAACCGGCAGGAAGCGACGUGAAGGCAGGGACAGACCUAAACUCAUCAUUGACAAGAAGGAAAGCAAGAAGUCUAAGAAGUUGAUAGUCCAAAAGAAGGAAAGAAAGUCCAAAAAAGGCAAGAACAAGGGUUCUAGAUCAAAACUCUCCAAUUAAUGCGAUAAAAUGUCGUUCAUCUAGCAGAUAAUCUGCUUUAACUAUCAAAAUCGUCGAAGGUAAAGUCGACUUUUGUAAAGUAAGAAUCAAAGUAUGUGCUAUGCACAGUUUAUGUAGAUAUAUUAUAAUCACGUUGUAUGUUCUUUGACUUAUUCAUUAAUUUUAUGUUAUAAAUAUCAAAUGAAUUUUAUAAAUCUAGCGAUAAUACUUUAUAAAGAAAUAAUUUCAAUCUGUAAGUAUGCGUAACAGUUAAAAAGUAUUCUUUAAUAUUCAUGAUUUGUUGUUUUUUUUU